AUGGCACCAGUCAAAAAGGUAGCCAUCAUUGGUUGUGGUCCCGCGGGGGCUAUCGCUGUAGAUUGCUUGGCCCAAGAGAAAUCCUUUGAUGUUAUCCGCGUUUUCGAACGUCGCGAGAAGGCGGGUGGUUGCUGGAUUCAAGAUCCCGAGCACAUGGUCCCCAAGCUUCCCGAUAUCAAAGCCCUCGCCGCCAGGACCGCAGACAAGCCUCUUAAAAUUCCCGAAAACCUCCCAUGCCGUACGGCAAGCUCAUCUCAGUACCGCUAUGCGGAAACGUCGGUGUACCCCCACCUCGAGACAAAUAUCGAUGCGGUCGUGAUGGAAUUCUCAAAGGAACCUAUCCCUGCGAAGCCGAGCGAACUCUCUAUCAAACGCCAUGGGCGAGACACCCCAUUCCGCCAUCACACGGUUAUCCAGAAGUACAUCAAUAGCCUGCUGGAUCGUAAUGGAUACCAGAAUUUGGUGGAGUAUAACACGACAGUUGAGAAGGUUGAGAAAUUGAAAGAUUCUGGGACGUGGAGGCUUACCCUCCGGAGAUAUGAGCACUGGCAUCAGAAGGAUUAUUGGUGGUCUGAGGAUUUCGAUGCGGUUCUCGUUGCGAGUGGUCACUAUACUGUCCCUUUUGUCCCAGAGAUCGAGGGCUUAGCGGAGUUUGCCCUGGCGUAUCCCGGGUCAGUCGAGCAUAGCAAAGGCUAUAGGGGAGUAGAAAAGUAUCGCGGGAAGAGAGUCGUCGUUGUGGGCGCUUCGGUAUCAGGCAUGGACAUUGCAGUAGAUCUCGUGGGUCAUGCUGAAACACCAGUCAAUGCAGUCGUUCGUGGGCGGUGGCAUCCAUACUUCGGCGGAACCGCAUUUGAACAUCCCAGCAUCAAGAAAAGGCCAGCAAUCAAAAGGAUACAGAGUGCUAAUGGCGCAAGGACCGUCCGUUUUGAAGACGGUACUUCUCUAGACAAUGUCGACUACAUUAUCUUAGGGACAGGCUACACUUGGACCUUGCCAUUUCUACCAGACGUCCCCAUUAGGAACAAUCGGGUGCCAGAUCUGUAUUUGCAUGUUUUCAAGAGACAGGAUCCUACCCUGAUAUUUAUAGGAGCAGUCGCUGCCGGCCUGACUUUCAAAGUCUAUGAAUGGCAAAGCGUACUUGCGGCACGUUUCCUAGCAGGUCGAAUCCAGUUGCCAAGCGUGGAAGAGCAAGAAAAAUGGGAGAAGGAUAGGAUAGCCUACAAAGGCGACGGUGUACCAUUCACUGCUCUAUACCCCGACUUCGAGGACUAUUUUGAGACUGUUCGGAAGCUCGCUGGAGAACCGACUGAAACACAACCUGGAAGGAAGCUUCCCAAGUUUGAUAAGAAGUGGGUGGAUGCUUUUAAAGCAGGUCACCAGAGAAGGAUUGCCAUGUGGGAGACCUCGAACGAGGCGGCUAGGAAGAGCUUGUCUGGAGGACAUCUUACGAGGGCAAGACUGUAG